CAACCCCUUCAGCAUAACGUUGACCACAAACAUUAAUCGAAUGUACUGUAUGUCAAUACAAAAUGCAAAAAUUCAAUAUCAUUUUUUCAUCUUUGUUUCCAUUGCAAAGCAUCAUUACUUUCCUAAUAAUAUCUAGACUCCCACGUGAUCAGCAUAAAUAACAAACACGCCUAAGCAUAGUAAAUUACAAAAGCUGGCACGCAUACCACACUAAUACAGAUUUAUUUUAGAAGUUUUAAUAUUGGAACAUUUCCAAUUUUUGUACUUGUGUCCUUCCUCAUUAACACUAGCAAAAAGUAUUCUCAUUGUCUCUGGUAAUUAUUAGGGUGUGCAAUAUAAUAAGAUGCCAGAAUUGACGGUGACAUCGGAAAUAUAUGAGGAGUAUGAUUAUAGAACUAAAAUAUCACCAAGCACUGAAGGAAAUGUGAUAUCAGAGUUCCCAUUCCUGUUGCCGCCAAACCGAAGUAAUGCCAUUUUUGAUGACGAUGAUGACCUGGACAUAGAGAGGCCACAGAAAGAAGUUAUCAGAAUAGAGCAUAGCUCGAAAACUAAAAUAGCGCUGGUUGGCUUGCAAGUAUGGAGGGGCGCAUUCCUACUCGGUGAUUGGUUGAUACAUCUCGGCUUGAAGGGCGAGCUAGCCAAUAGGAGUGUUCUAGAACUUGGUGCGGGCACUGGACUCACAAGCUUUGUUGCUGCUUUGUAUGCUAAGAAGGUCGUAUGUACAGAUAUCGAUGUUGGAGGUAUCUUAGAACUUAUAAAAUUAAAUGCGAAGUACAAUAAGAAGUUUAUAAAGUCUCAGUUCAAAGUGAUGCCUCUGGAUUUCACCGAGACUGCAUGGAGUCCUUCAUUGUUAAGCGAAAUUAAACAAGCAAGCAUUAUUAUAGCUGCUGAUGUAAUUUACGAUGAUGACAUCACAGCGGCUUUUGUGUCAACCAUCCAGAAGAUUCUCAACACAGAACCACCGAAAACUUUAUACAUGGUGUUAGAAAAGCGAUAUGUGUUCACGAUAGAGCACCUCGACUCCGUCGCGCCCUGCUACGAGACAUUCCUCUCUCUGAUCGACAAAGUCAAGACAGAGAACCCACAUUCCACCUGGAAGCUAGAACUACUGCCUCUAGACUUCCCCAAGUAUUUCACAUACGAUCGCGUCAAAGACCUAGUUCUAUGGAAGAUAUCUUCCACGCCUAAUUAAUUAAUCUAAAACAAUUUAGCACAAUUAAAUUCUUAUUUUUGAUGAUAAA